AGAAAUGUCUCUUCUACAGGAAACAGACUUCAAUUCUGUCUACUAUAUAAAUACUGUACCCAUUAAUUCUCUUCUAUCUAUCAAACCACCCCAAGGAUCCAAUCCUUUUAAAGUUUCUCCUGUUCUUCUUUCUCAACAUCCCAUUCUUCACUGUAACAUACAUCAGAUUCAGAAGUAAAUAUUUUCGGACUUAUCACAACUUAUGGCCCCAAUAACCUAUCUACUUGGCCUGAAAGUUGCUGUCACUGUGGUUUUCAUCUUUUCUAUCACAAUUCUACCUCCCAAAUCAGUUGAAUCAUUGUCUUCUGGCUAUGGUGAGACUACAGAGCAAAGUGAAAUGGUGUUGGGAUCAAAGCCACCUGGUUGUGUCAACAAGUGCUUAAAUUGCAGACCUUGCAUGGCUACUCUAGUUAUUCCUCACGAAAGGAAUGGUUUCAGUGCAAAAACUCGGGGAGAAGAUGAUAGCUACUAUCUCCUCUCUUGGAAAUGCAGAUGUGGAAAUAAGCUCUAUCAACCAUGAUCUCAUAUUCUCAAUCACUGAUCACCAUUAGUUAAUUUCUCUAUGUAGAAACUUUUUUUUAAAAUUAUUUUUAAGAGAGGUCCAUUAAGUUAUAAACCUCUCUCUUCUUGUGUAGACGUGCAAUAUUUGAUUCUAAAAAGUAUCUUAACCUUAAAGAGACACUACCAGCAGUUAGUAUUACUGGAAGAUCGAAAAGAAAUUUAGUGUGUCAAGGUGGUUGUUCUCUCUCUGUAAUGGUGUGCUGUGAAAAAAGAUUAUGUAAUUAAAUAUUAGAAUUAGCAAUGAUUCUGAUUUCUGA